AAUGCCAUGAAGGCUGGAUUCACCACAUGGCAGGUAGACAAGCUGUUGCGAGCCUUGCACUACAUCUUCCACAAUGUUCCUGCACGUAGAGAAGAUUUCACCAGUGUCACAGGAUCCUCUACCUUUCCCCGACCUUUCUGUGGCCACAGAUGGGUGGAGAAUGUCCCUGUGGCUGAAAGAGCUGUCGACAUCUGGCCCAUGCUUUCAAAAUACGUUGAUGCUGUUGAGAAGAAAAAGGUGCCAAACCCCAACACAGUGUCAUAUGACACAAUUUUGUCAGCACAGUCUGAUGAUUUCAUCAUAGCAAAGCUGCAGUUCUUCUUGUCGGUUGCAAGAAGCUUUGGCCCAUUCCUGACGAAAUACCAAACAGAUGAGCCUGUACUGCCUUUUUUGGCUAAAGACCUGACAGAACUCCUAAUGGGUUUACUGCGGCGAUUCAUGAAACAGGAACUUUUACAGGACCGAAGCCCCCUGCAGCUCAUCAAAAUUCAGGUAUCUGAUGAGAAGAACUGGGUCUCUAUCAAAAGCGUGGACCUCGGCCUGGGUGCUGAAUCUGCCAUCAAGGUGAUGUUAUCAUACAGCAGUUUACCUCCUUGACCUCAGUUGAAGGAAGGGGUGAGCGUUUCCUGUCCUUCAAGCCAGUGAAGGAGCGCCUUGAUGUGUUUCUGUACACAAAUCUCAGCACACCUUACCCUGAGUUAUCACGGUUUUGCCAGAGUCUCCUCCUUCUAUCGCAUGGCCAAGCCACGGUUGAGAGAGGUUUUUCCAUCAACAAGGAAGUGGAAACGUGGAACCUCCAGGAUGACACACUGGAAUGCCUCAGAUUGGUCUGUGACAGGAUCAGCAGUUGUGGGGGUGUUUUAAAGGUGCCUCUGACGAAGGAGCUCCUUGCCUCUGCCUCAUCUGCCAGAUCUCUAUAUAGACUGUUCCUGGAGAAUGAGAGAAGAAAGAAGGAGAGUGCCGCACUUGCUCUGAAGAGGAAAGCAGUAGAGGAGGAGCUUUUGGACCUCAGAACCCAGCGUGAGGUACUAAGCAGAGUUUGUGAGUCGCUUCAAAAUGACGCAGACAAGUUGGCCGAGCAAGCUGAGGGAAAGGCUGGGUCCAAAAUGGCUGAACUUAUCACAAAGUCCAACACACUUCGCAGAAGACACAAAGAGAAAAAAGAAGAGCUCCGCCAAUUGGAGGAAAGGAUUGAAGAGAAGUCCUCACAACUGAGACUUUUGUGACUGUCUCUCCUCUGUCUCAGUUUCACAAUUUUCUCUUAUUCUCCUCUUGUACUCCACUGAUUUUCUCCCUUCCUGUCCAUUCAUCUCUUGCUUCCCUUAUGUCUUUGGGAGGAAGAGGAGGACCUCUUCACAUGUAUGUAUGUCUCUCUCUCUCUUCCACUAUCACUCUUUUUCUCUGCUGUCUCCAUUCCCACAUCUCUCCCCCUCAAUCUCAACCCCUUCUUCCCCCCACCCCCCCCCCUCUCUCUGAAGUUAUCAGCUGAUGAAUACAGGUAAAAUUGUUACAAC